UCUCAAUAAUGUCGAGUUCAUUUUUGUAGAAAAUAAAAGGUACAUCUCUUUUAUUUAAAAAAAUAUCUGAACAAAUAUUGUACUAGACCAAUGGUGACCCUCUCUGGGUAGUUGGGAUUGUCACUAUUUUAUGUUAUUUCUGAAUUAACUGUGACAAGAUUUUCCAAGCUCACUGACGUUACAAGUUGGUAAAUGGAAACUGAAACUGAAACUUUCUUGUCAUUACUUCAUGUUGUUAUGACUUCUGGGUACCUUGUAACGGACCUGAAGAGCUGAUCACUUCUGGGAUUUUGGGAUGCACACUCCUGGGGCGGGGAGUGGUGCCCUGUGUCCCUGGCCUCUCUAGGUGGGUGGAAAGCCAUUCGGUUUUGUUUCUGCCUCUGGCUCCCAGGUUAGCCCCUGGGAAACAGAAACAGAAACUGAAGCUGAAUUGGGCAGCCGAUGAGGCUGGCUCCCAGACACACCCCCUGACGUGUGAGGCUCAGGCUCAGAAAAGCAGUGAGUCUAAAGGGGUGAGUCACCAGAACCCUCAAGGAGUUGGAGCUGAGAGGCAGCGAGCCCAUCACUGCCUACAUUACUGCCUGUGGAGGACCUGGCAUCAGAGCUCACAGCCAUGGUGAGGCGGGUUGACAGGUGGGGCAGGUGGGCUGGGCACCAGUCCCUUUUCUUCCCCCUGUGUGCCAGGCAAGCAGAGCUGCUCUCAAGCUCCCCAGGUUCCUAAGUGUAAUGGAGGGACAGGGCUCCUUCUGAUAUCAGGGUCAGGGUCUUGGAAGACGGGUUCUGCCCAGUGGCUGAUUCUGAAAUUCCUUGGUGGACAUCUUAGCUAGUGAGGGGAGACCAAGUGAUGGUCGUAGGAGGCGGGCCAUUCCUCUAGAAAUGCCCCCUUGUGCGUCUCCAGCACUUGAGGUCUCUCUCCUGGUGGAUGAAGAGGACUCGGAAGAGGGAGCAGUGUCUAGGACCCUAGGAGCUAGCCCUGCGACCCAGUGCCAUACCUGUAGUGGCCCCAGGACUGGUGCCAGGGACUCUGAGCUCCUUGUGACUCCACAGGGCUGGUACCUGCUAGUGAAGAUGCUGAGCAAGGAGUUCCAGGUGCCCCUGAGGGAGUCCAUGCUGCUGUCGGAGCUGAAGCAGCUGAUUACCCAGGAGGUCCAGGUGCCUGCCUUCCAGCAGCACCUGGUCAACCAGUCGAACAGCACCGUGCUGCAGGACGGGGUUCCCCUGGUCCACCAGGGCCUCCGCUCCGGCAGCACGGUUGUGCUGGUGGUUCAGAAGUGCGACGCCCCCCUGAGCAUCCUGGUGAGGAACGACAAGGGCCGCAGCAGAACCUAUGAGGUCCGGCUGACGCAGAAGGUGGCCAAGCUCAAGACGCAGGUGUGCGAGCAGGAGAAGGUGCUGGCCGACCUGCUCUGGCUGAGUUUCCAGGGUAGGCCCAUGGAGGACCACCACCAGCUGGGGGAGUACGGCCUCACGCCCCUCUGCACCGUGCAGAUGAAUCUGCGCCUUCGUGGGGGAGGAAGCCCGGGGCCCCCAGAGCUCCAGAAGAAAAAGGCACUUCUCAGGGAGUGCCCGGCUCAUGUUCGGGUCUGGCGAUACUUGAAGGGCAAAGAUGUGGUGACUCAGGAGAGCCUGCUGGAUGGCGGCAACAAGGUGGUGAUUGGCGGCUUUGGAGACCCACUAAUCUGUGACAACCAGGUGUCCACUGGGGACACAAGGAUCUUCUUUGUGAACCCUGCGCCCCCAUACCUGUGGCCAGCCCACAAGAAUGAGCUGAUGCUCAACUCCAGCCUCAUGCGAAUCACCCUGCGGAACCUGGAGGAGGUGGAGCACUGUGUAGAAGGUGUGUCGGGGCAGAGGGUGACUGAGGUGGGGGCAGAGUAG